AUGACGUCGCUCGCGUUGUCGCUGACGUUUCUCGCGCUGUUCGUCGCGUUCGCGGCGUCGACGUCGAUCGCGUUGACGAGGUCGAUGACAAAUACGACAAAGAGGAGCGUUGUCGAUGGAGGAGAGACCGCUAUCGCGUUCCUACGCAAGUACGGUUACCUAGAGGACAACGCUGAAAACUCAUUGAUUUCCGAGAGCGCGUUGAAUCACGCUGUCUCGCUUUUUCAAGAAUUCUACAAUCUACCUAUAAAUGGUGAAUUAAACGCGGAAACGAUGCGCACAAUGAACAGACCGCGUUGUGGAGUUCGAGACAUCCAGACGCGUUACUUGAACAAGGAGUACAUACACAAGUGGCCGACUACACAUCUUACAUGGAACUUUUUAUUCGCUUCUAGAGCGAAUGUACAAAUAGCGGAAACUGCGUUUGCUCUGUGGGCGGCGAAUUCAUCGCUGACUUUUACACGCAGCGUGCACAAUCCUAACAUUUUGAUUUCAUAUAAAGGUGGACGGCACACUAUGUGGGAUAAGCAUUACUCGGAUACUAUGUGCCCGUUUGACUUUGAUGGUCGUGGUGGAGUACUCGCUCACGCGUAUUAUCCCAACGGAGAUCUCAACCAUGUCUCUGAGAUACAUAUCGACAAUGAGGAACAGUGGCACGUGCAGCUCACUUAA